AUGGCCUCCGCCCUGCACGAGGCCGACGAGGACGACGACGCCCCCUCGUCGGCCUUAAACUCGGACGAGGUGUGCGAGCUGGUGCGGAAGGAACUCGCCCCGGGGGGGGGCAACGGUUUAAUAGUCAACUCAAAGACGGGCGAGGCAUCGGAACGGCCAACCCCCGCCACCGCGAAGGAAAAGGUGGCGAAUAGCAUCACCGCGGUCCUGCCUAUCGCACGUCCCCUGGCCGAGACGAUCUACAAGACGUGGAUGUUGCAUAACGAUGGCCGGAGCAACCUGUUUAACAUCGCGGCACCCUCCGAUUACGUCUUGGAUGUCAAACUUUUGGCUUUUGUCAAUUUGCACCCGUCCUCCUCGCCGCCCCCCAACGACCAGGGGGUUUUGAAAGGCGGAGACGGGUCAAGCGCACCGGAGAUCCCACCCGGGCCGGUUAACCUUUCCACAUCUACAUCGCAAACGGCAAACGAACCGGAGCCCUCAUUAGGGGAGGCGGUUCACGUACAAGCGAUCAACCCAGGCCCUGUUCAGACGGACACUACAUCCACAACCACCCACGUUCUAGCGCUACGUAAUCCACAAAUCGACGAUUCCGCGGCUGACUCGGUUCGACGCCUGGAAGGCCCCGCAUCAUCCCCCAAACGGUUUCAUCGUCUCCGCGCGAGGAUGCAAAAGUGGGGUUCGGUUCUUUUUUCAACGCGCAAAGGAUCCAGCGUGGAGAAGAAGGACCCCACGCCCCAAACGAUUGCCGCCGCAAUCCACGAAUUAGACCACGAGAGCCCCCCAAAGGGGGUUACCAUUUGCAUUAGUGGAAGCAAAUUCUCGAAUAUCCCUUCGACCGCGCGGGCCUGCGUGCUUCUAACGUUGGAUACCGUAGUCCCGCCAGGCCGCUAUACCAGCGAUUAUGAUUGGUACUACAGGCGAAUUGUUGGCUUUGAAAGCGAGUCCGAGCGCAUCAUGGUGGCGCGUGUGUUUUCCCAAAACAGCCCUACACUUUUGGUUUAUUUCUUUGAUUUUUUGAAGCGCAUGCUCAUAGGGAAGGAGUUGGAGUUUGUUCUUAACAGGGGGAUUUGCAAGAAGCUUAGUAUUCCAGAAGACGCUUCGAAAUAUAUACCAGCAAUGCGGAAGCUUAUGUUUAUGUAUAUGGAUACCUCAAGGAGGUGGAUUUUAUCCGAUUUGACUCCCCUUUCCCCAACUAACUACAAGGUUGUAGUUGAGAAAUGA